AUGGCUGCCAAGGUGACUAUUUUUUUCUCGGACAUCGUGGGCUUCACCUCCAUCUCUGCGUCCUGCGCUCCUUUGCAGGUGGUGGAGAUGCUCAACAACCUCUACAUGUGCUUUGACACGCGCAUCGACUCCUACAACGUCUACAAGGUGGAGACCAUUGGGGAUGCGUACAUGGUGGUGAGCGGUCUGCCGGAGAGGAACGGGGACAGACACGCUGAUGAGAUUGCAAAGAUGGCGCUGGACCUGGUGGCCGCCGUCAGGCAGGUCUCCAUCCCUCACAUGCCCAACGAGAGGCUGCAGCUGAGAGCCGGCAUCCACACAGAUUUCCACUGCAUCCCACAAGGUUUUUAUGAGCUCCCUAACCUCAGUAGCCUACUUCUCAUACAAAACUCAGAGCUGUGA